UCGGUUAAUGUAGUAAUGUUGGUUGCAGCCUCCGCGCCGUACUUCACUGCGGCGGACGAAGGCAGCCCUGAUAGCUCAUCUCUAUGUGUGCUGCCGGAGUACCCUGACCACGGUACCUACGAGCCUCAGAACUCGAAGACCGGGAAGCCGGGCCAGAGCUUCGACUCAGUUGCCCUCAACUACACCUGCCAACAGCCCUAUAGGCUUGUAGGUCGCAGCGUCAUCUUUUGUGUCUCCGGAGUGUGGUCGGAGCCACCUCCUACGUGCGCACGUUUCUGCAAUUUGAAGCUUAAUCCGUCGGCGGAGUACAAGUGUACCGGAGCGGGCGGUAAUGAACAAAGAGCUUGCGACGAAUAUGAACGGAACGGCACCAUCGCGAUGGCAAAGUGUCGCUUUGGCUACUACUCCCCCAGCGCUCUACCCAACAUGAAGUGUCUUGACGGCACCUGGGAUUAUGUAGCAAAAUGCAGCGCAGAAUGCGGAACAAUAGCACCUGAUGAUAGCUUAGUAUUAGAUGGGUCCGUUGGUAAAAGCGACAAAUUACCUUGGCAUGCUACUAUCUACACAACUACCGUUCGGCCAUACAUGCAGAUCUGUGGUGGAACCCUCAUCACUCGCUCGGCAGUAAUAUCAGCCGCUCACUGUUUCUGGCGCGAUGGUGAGGUUCUUCCUAAGGAUAAUUACGCCGUGGCGCUCGGUAAGAUCUCUAGAGCUUGGACGAGCCCUGCCGAUGUAAACGCUCACAAGUCUGAUGUAAAAGAAAUACACAUACCACCUCAGUUUAAGGGAAUGAACACUAACUAUCAGAAUGAUAUAGCAGUCGUGGUCAUGUCAGACCCUGUGACCUACAAAGUGGACAUCCGCCCUAUCUGUUUGAACUUCGAUGUACAAUUUGAAAGACUGCAAUUAAAAGACGGCAUUAUGGGGAAGAUCGGCACAUGGAAUUUAAAUCGUAAGACACUGGAACUAUCGAAAACAUUAAAAGUGGUGGAGAAUCCAUACAUUGACGCAGCGACUUGUAUUAGUGAGUCUCCGGCAAGCUUCAGACCUUACAUCACUGCGGACAAAAUAUGCAUCGGAUACGUUAACGGCACCGGGCCAUGUAGAGGUGAUGGCGGCGCUGGCGUGGCUUUCCCGAGCCAGGAACAAGGAGUGCAACGUUACUACCUUAGAGGUGUUAUAUCUACAGCCCCAACCGGCGAUGAUGGCAACUUAUGUUCAGAUGGAUUUGUAGCUGCCACUGCUAUAGGCCAUCACGAACAUUUUAUCAAACAGUUUAUAAGCGUUUAGGAUGGUGGAAUGUUUAAAAAUACAAGAGUGUGAGGCAGUGAUGAAUGGUCUGUAAUACCUGAUUCUUGCUGGCUUCCGUUUCGUAAUUAACGUAAAAUCAAAUUACUUAUCAUUAGAAUAUUUUGGAAAACCUUAGGGUUACCUUUCGGAAAACUUCACCGUUUGCCGCUGGUGUGAAGAUCUGUUCCAUAAACUGAUGGGAAAUUGUAUGUGGGUACGCGAGUUAUAAUUUCUUUUUAUACGUGCGUUUAAGUUCCAUUACAACUUUCUAAUUUUAUGAAUAAAUAUCUAAUAAACGAUUAACAAAAUUAA